UCUGUAGGCUACCGCGCACUGCACGGCAUAUUGUAUACGUCCGAGGUCAACUAAAGGUACAAUGUUGACAUACAUACAUUACAUGGCUGAUACUUCUGUUAAAAUAAGCUACAAAACUCAUCGUGAGGGGAAGUGACGUUGAGUUACUAGCGACAUAGGCUGCAUACCAUUCGGGACAACCUCUGAGUUUGCGCAACAGAAUGUACAUCGAUGCGCAUGGAUGCGAUAGGAUUCAAGAUUAGUAGUCAAAAGGACAGUCCGCGUUGACAGUUAACCACGGAUGAAACAGUGGGUCGCAUGAUUUUUCUACACCGUGGGCGGCAAGAGUUUAUGAUCUUCGGAUAGGAAGAGAUACUUAGCAGCCUUUUUAGAAUUCAGUAAGCGGGGUUUCUGGUGAAAAACAGAGCUUUUCUUCUUCCCAUCACUGGAAUUCAUAGAAGAUUCGAAGAGGACUCUGAACAAAGGACCUUUCUGGAGUCCUUCGUUGUUGUAAGGCUAAGCGGGUGCUAAGUGGCGAGGAGGGGACUGGGGUCACCAGUGAAGCGCCAUGGUGGAGUUCUACCAGGUCCUGGGCGUCCCCAAGAACGCAUCUCAGGACGAGAUCAAGAAAGCGUACAGAAAACAAGCCCUGAAAUGGCAUCCAGACAAGAACCCCGACAACAAAGACGAGGCGGAACGGAGGUUUAAAGAGCUCUCGGAGGCCUAUGAAGUCCUGUCAGACGAGAACAAGAGGAACCAGUAUGAUCGGUACGGCAAAGACGGCCUCACUCGAGGAGGAGGAGGUGGAGGUGGAGGAGGAAACUAUGAUGACCACUUCGGCGGAUUCACAUUCCGGAACCCUGACGACGUCUUCAGGGAAUUUUUCGGCGGACGGGAUCCUUUCGCUGACUUCUUUGCUGAUGAUCCGUUUGAUGACUUCUUCGGCGGUGGGCGUCGUCACAGGGGGGUGAGCAGGAGCCGGACAGCGGGACCCUUCUUUGGCGGAUUCGGGGGCUUCCCCGGCUUUGGGGCGGGCUUCUCCGGAUUUGAUUCUGGGUUCACCUCCUUUGGUCAGAUGGGUGGUGGAGGUUUCGCCUCGUUCUCCUCAUCAUCAAUUGGGGGAGGUGGUGGAGGGGGCAACUUCCGCUCGGUAUCCACCUCCACUAAGUUCAUCAACGGCAAGAAGAUCACCACAAAACGGAUCGUGGAGAACGGGCAGGAACGAGUGGAGGUGGAGGAAGAUGGCCAGCUCAAGUCACUCACCGUCAACGAUGUACCUGAUGAAAAUGCCCUGGAAGAGGAGCCUCAACGCUGCCGCCAGAACGCUCUCCCUGGCCCGCCCUCCCACGGCCGCUAUCUACGGAACAGCGCUCAGAACCCCCCGGAAGAGGAGGAGGAGAGAGGCCUACAGAGCCUGGGACUCGCCAGAGGAUUCUUCGAUUCCAAGAGGAAGAAAAUGUGGCUGAAAGAGGGGGACACUAAAAAGAAACGUGCACCCAGACUGGUCCCUCGGAUUGGGGCAUGGUUUUAAAAGAAAUCAUGGUCACUUUCCCAACUUUUGGAAAGAAGAGGAGACACACACACACACACACACACACACACACACACACACACACACACACAGGGCCUCAAUAUCUCACACUCCUAUUUAUUUACUCCUAUUGUUCGUUGUACAUCCCACCGAGGUGCAGGAAUAGUCUCUCCUUUCUGUUUUUCCAUUAGAGAGCCCAUUCAGCAGUUUAAGCCUGAAUAUGUAGUUACCUUCCAAGGCCUCUCCUUAUUCUCCCGAGCUCAUGUUUUGUUUUUCUGAUCCUGUAAUGGCUUUCCAUAAUGAAUGUAGCAUCGUCGCUAAUUACCCAAAAGAAGACGUCAGUGGAGAGGGCACACUCUGCGCCUCCGCGCAACCUUUCACCCAGUUGUGUUAAUGUGUGUUUGUUUGGAUGCUUGUUUUGUGUGUGUGUGUGUGUGUGUGUGUGUGUGUGUGUGUGUGUGUGUGUGUGUGUGUGUGUGUGUGUGUGGUAUUUUAUAUGGACAGACGAGGCACAUACAAGGCCAAGGGUGAUAUCCAAUUAAUCCAUAUCGGAAACAAUUACGUUUAGACAAACAAAAGAACACGACGAUGCUUCAAAGAGCACUAGAUCCUCACAGUUCUGUUUUCAUUCAGUAAUUCAGUGUUAAAAACACUAAAGAUAUAACACUCAAAUUCACAAUGGUAAGACUUUUGAACCUUUGUUGGCUGAUGUAAAUAAAUAGAAUAUGUUAUUUUCUCUGUUAGCAAUAUUAGUCUGGCUGUGGUCAUGGACUAGACAGCAUUCUGGCACAUGGUGAAGGUGGGUGGGCAUCCUGGGUGGCUGUAUGACCGGUGGCACGCAGGGUUAAGUGCUAAAUGAAAGCGACAGUGACAGGCGACAGAUCCUAUGAGCACAGCCCUCAGAGAGGAAGUGGCCAAUGAGGUCAAAUGUGAGGGAGAGUAGCAGGCCCUGACUAAAGCAAAGGAAGAGAGAGAACAGAAGAAGGAGAGAGAGGAUAGCAGGAUAGAGGGAGAGGGUGAGAAAAGGUAGAAUGAUGUACAUUAUUUAUGCAGGGAAGGGAGAGAACAAGUUGUCACCAUGUUCUCCUCAACCCCCUGUGUUAAACACUGUAUCAAUAUUUCAGGCCAAAGGAGAGAAGCAGAAAUCAAUUCUGGACAAUAGAAGCCCCUCUGUUUUAGCCAGCAGGCUUUGAGGAGGCUUUUGGGUGACCUAACUAGAGAGCAGCUUUGCCACUGUUUUAGCCCAGUCACAGAGAUGUGUGGCAGUGAAAUUGAUAAAGGAGAUGAUAUGCUUUGUGAAAUAAAUGGACUCUCAUUAAGGUUGUGGUCAUUUACUUAGUGUUUUUUGUUUUGUUUUUGGUUAAUGUAUUAUUAAAUGUAACUGAAAUUGAAUAGAUGCCAGGAGCCUUGGGUGAGGAAGAACGCAAACCCCUUUGACAUUGAAUGCUAUUAUAUUCCCUAAAUUGAUGUGGCUCCAUCUAUCUGUAUGGGAACUAUAAAAGUUUGUAAUGUAAUUUGUCCUGAUUCAUGUCAGCAUUCAUCAGGAGUAAUGGCCUACUGCGACUAGGAAAAGUAUUUUCUGUGCAAUACUGAAAUGAAACCACUCACCAGCAGAAGGAGUCUGAUCAAGUGGAGCUGUGUAGAGAGCAUACAGUAUGUCCACUGUUAUGUUCAAGUGGUCGUUCAUGUGAAAUAAUAAAUCAAAGGACUGCAUGCAUUUCCUCAUCGUCAUCUCAACUGAUGAAGAACCGUGGUCUUUGUUUUGAAAGCUACAGGAUGAUAGUGUUUCUCCAUGAAGAAAGUCAAGAUGUCGUUUUUUGUUUUGCCUUUUUAGCAGGUCAUUGUGUUUGUUGUGCUGUUCAGUGAAUGGUGUAUGCAUGUAGUGUGGAUAUGUGAGGAGGUGGACAUAUUUUUUUGGAAAAUACUCUUUUCUAUACCGAUACAAUAAAGCUUUCAAGAAAAAGACAACA